ACAUGGCUGAGACGAUCCCGUUAUUCCCUAAACUUGGUAAUAUUGUUGUACAAAGUGGAAAUAUUGUCAACUGGAAUAGAUUGAAGAGAAAACCAAACAACACUCCAACUGAAGAGAUAUGUGAGUGUAUAUCAGCCUGUUUAAAUAAACAUUUAGAAUCUGCUGACAGAAAUCAACUACAGUAUACCACAGAAUUAUUUUGUGAAAAUAAAGAAUUUAAAGAGAAGUUACCAGAUGAUGAGAGAGACAAUCUGAAAAUUACAGUAAAAGUUAUUUUGUAUAAUCGUGAAAAUCCAGAAGUUAUAAAUGAUGCUGUUGAUAAAGCAUUAAAUGAAUUGGGAGUAAGUUUUGUGGAAACAGUAAUAUUAGCUAUACCCGAUCCUAAUGAAGACUUAACAGUAGAAGAUUUCAAACCAUCAUGGCAGAUAUUGCAGAAACUAGUAGAUGAACAGAAGAUUUUAUCACUGGGUGUUAGUGAUUUAGAUAAAACCAAAUUUGAACAGCUAUUUACUUGGGCUUCAGUGAAACCAAUCAUUGAUCAAGUUAAUUUAGCAUCUUGUUGUGUUAUGCCUGAAGAUUUACGUGAAUUUGCCAAACAACAUGAUAUACUUCUACUAACUCACAAUGAUCCCCCAGAUGUUCUUCCUCUUCAACAAUUACAAGAUACCAUACGUAAAUCCAGUACACAAAAAGAUGGCGAUUUCUGGCAGCCAUCUUGGAUUUCACGUUAUUCUGUGAUAGUAAAGUGUCGAGGAAUAAUUCGUACAAAAGGAUAUGUUAUAGACUUAAUAAAGGACAUCAAGAGAAGAAAUUAAAUUAAACAUUUAGAAAUUGAUAUACAGACUGGCUCAAUUAUUAUAUAGUUUAGACUUGCAAUAAUAAUAAUGAACUCAUUAAUUUACAUGGCCAGAAUAAGAUCCAAUACACCAAGGUAGCCUAGUCCAGUCUAACAUUCAGCCUAUUGGAAAUUAAAGAGCUGUUUCAUUGUGUAAAUGUAAACAUAAAGCAAAUAAUACAGAUAAAUUUUUAAAUGUAGUUAAAGGAAGAUCUCUGAUCCAAAUUAUUAAACCAAAUUUAUACUGAUUAGUAAUGAGGUUUCCAUAGUAAAUAAAUUUUGAACUGUUAU